GUGUGUGUGUGUGUGUGUGUGUGGCACAGUGAUGCGACGUAUUCGUACUUGUAGGCUGCAGUAGACGCUCGUGGGACGAGGGCUUCAAACUAGGUAAAAUGUCAGACAGACAGAGGGCGUGUAUCCGUGGUUAUGUAAUCCAGGUCCUGGAAGUUCGGACAAGAAGAAACAUAGCCGCGCUUACCGUUAUCCUCUUCAGUUCUGUGCCAUGGGUAUUCAGAGGAUUGGAUGCAACGCAGACUGCAGAGGAAAGGCGGUCCAACCGGCACUCUUUGCAAAAGAGAGGAGAAUUGUGCGUGGGCCGUGGAUAUGCAAAUGGAGAGAGGAAUCCAGCAAUCCAGCGGGCUUCUCAGUCUUCAUUUUCUCCGCGUCAAGGUACGUACCAAAGUAGCCAAUGGCGCCUGUCAUUCAGAAGGGAGCUGGAAAGUGCAUGGUAUUACUGCGUGACUGCCUCGACGCACCUGCCUUACUUUGAACAUACUAACUGGAAUUCGCGAAGAGUCCCUUUUAGAAGCGAAACCAUCCAUCUGCCCGCUCGAGCGGAUGGUGCGGUGCAUUUCGGCGCAGGGCGGUGCGUCUGUACAUGGGCAACAGCACUCCAUGACAUGAUGACAUACCUUACGACACCACAGUCAUUACGGGCGACUAAGGCUUUAGCUGAAGGGUCAUCACACAAAAAGGCACAUGAUAAAAAUGAGAGAAAAUGCCUUGGCCUGGUAAACAACCGACUUAUAUUCGCGCAACCCCACCAAAGCCGACAAGGAACCGGAGGGGGAUGGAUGGGAUGGGCACGCAUGCAGAAGGUCGCAGCCGUCAGCAGGAAGAAGAAGCAGCGGGCAGACCAUUCCGGGGUUAGAUACGGAUAGGGAGAUGGUAGGCAAUAAAGGGAAAAAAAAAGAUGGCCACAAAAAAAAAAGGCAGAGAGAUCCCAGGAUUCGGUUUGAUGCAAAGCGAGGUGGUGACUAUGCAAAGACUAAUACCUACAGGCUGCCCGUGCUACCAUAGUGGAGGCCAUUGACCAGAAGAGGAGAAGGAGAGAGAGGGGUAAUCAGUAUAGGUUUUUCUUCCUUUCGUUUGAGUGAUGAUCCAAUGAAGGGCUGCCUUCACCACCAAUACUUUGUGUUAUAUUGGUCAGUCCUGCUUCCUGCUUGUCACGCUUCUGCCCUGCUGCUGGUAAUACUGGUAAGGUACCUUUUUAAUGGCAAGUGCCUUGCUUGUCUA